UUUUCCCUCGGUGGAGGCCAUGAUGGGAGCCUGAGAGUUCAGCUGGAGCGAGAGGAGCGAGAAAAGAAGAUGAUUCCCCGGGACCGAGCUGUCAAACCAAUCUCUGCCGAUUCCUGAGCUUUGUAUACUCUAUAUACAUUUAAGGUGGAGCCUGUCACUUUUUUUCUCAGAUGUGUUCUUGGCAAUCAGUCGAGGACAAUGUUGAAUCGUUAGGAGGCUUUUGGAUCGAAGGAGGCAGCAUUAGCUAUUGUUGCUAGCUAGCUGUGCUAGCUAGCUGCUUAGCUAGCGAGCUAGCUUCGUCUGGAUACGGGUUUCGGGAACCGGUGAGUCCACUAUCUCGCUGUCAAUCGCAGCGGCUGCUGCGACUGAGCCAUCGGCUUGGACCGUGUCUGGCAUCUAGAGGUUUAUCUGAGGACAACUGCAUGUAUUUGAUUCGGAGGUCUUUGCAAGACGAAUUGCAGGAUUGGGAAAGUCGGGCCUGCACGGAGGAGCAGAGCGAGGCCCGUCUUUAUGAUCCAGAGGAAGCCUGUCUAAUCCGACCCACAGCCAUCGCUAGCUCUGCGGGCUAGCACGUCUCUGCGAGGACCUGCAAAAUUCAGAGAGCAGACCCACCGACUGCGACAAAACACGACCAGUCAGCCAAUACUAGAAAAACCUGUUUUCAUCAUUUACCCCAUAUAGACUCCUGUCACCUGCUACAAUGGCUGCGAUUAUAAAAGAAAUGGUCAGCCGGAACAAAAGGAGAUAUCAAGAGGAUGGUUUCGACCUGGACUUAACAUAUAUCUACCCAAACAUCAUUGCUAUGGGCUUUCCAGCAGAGAGACUCGAAGGCGUGUACAGAAACAAUAUAGACGAUGUAGUACGGUUUUUGGAUUCAAAGCAUAAAAACCAUUACAAAAUCUACAACCUCUGCGCAGAAAGACACUACGAUGCUGCCAAAUUUAACUGCAGAGUUGCACAGUACCCCUUCGAAGACCACAACCCUCCUCAGCUGGAGCUAAUUAAGCCGUUUUGUGAAGACCUGGACCAGUGGCUGAGUGAGGAUGACAAUCACGUGGCGGCCAUCCACUGUAAGGCCGGGAAGGGCCGCACUGGAGUCAUGAUCUGCGCCUAUCUCCUCCAUCGCGGCAAAUUCCUGGAGGCCCAAGAAGCACUUGACUUUUACGGUGAAGUCAGGACAAGGGACAAGAAGGGAGUAACGAUCCCAAGCCAGCGCCGCUACGUCUACUACUACAGCUACCUACUGAAGAACCAGCUAGAGUACAAGCCGGUGGCGCUCCUCUUCCACAAAAUGGUUUUCGAGACUCUCCCUAUGUUCAGCGGGGGCACCUGCAAUCCUCAAUUUGUGGUGUACCAGCUGAAAGUGAAGAUUCACACGUCGCACCCCGCUCACACACGGCGCGAGGACAAGCACAUGUUUUUCGAAUUCCCCCAGCCGCUGCCAGUAUGUGGAGACAUCAAAGUGGAGUUUUUCCAUAAACAGAAUAAGAUGAUGAAGAAGGACAAAAUGUUUCACUUUUGGGUGAACACCUUCUUCAUCCCUGGACCAGAGGAGAGCGGGGACAAGAUGGAGAACGGGGCAGUGAACAACGCGGAGAGCCAGCAGGGGGGACCGGGACCGGGCCAGGGGCAGCCGCAACCACAGCUACAGACGCAGCCGCAGCGCGCCGAGAGCAGGGACAGCUGCAGGGAUAGCGACAGGGACUACCUCAUCCUGACGCUCACUAAGAACGACUUGGACAAGGCCAACAAAGACAAAGCUAACCGCUACUUCUCGCCAAACUUCAAGGUGAAGUUGUAUUUUACGAAAGCCGUGGAGGAGCCUUCGAAUUCUGAGGCAAGCACUUCAACAUCCGUCACCCCGGACGUUAGCGACAAUGAGCCAGACCAUUAUCGAUACUCUGACACCACUGACUCUGAUCCGGAAAAUGAACCUUUUGAUGAAGAGCAGCACACGCAAAUCACAAAAGUGUGAACUCUUUUUAAACAGGAAAAGAAGAAAUUAUACACCAGAAAAAAAAGGAGAAAACUUGAAUAUAAACUCAAAAGAAGAACCUUUGGCCCUUUCCCUCCCCCAGACGGCAAUAGAAUAUCAUCAUGUCAAAUGCCAACUUUAGGGAAAAAAAGAUAAAUAUCCUGACCAAUAUAUUGUUUUUUUUAUUUUUCUUUUUUUCUUUGGCACGGCCAUGUACCAUGUGCGAGGUAUUGACACUGUUGCCCCAUGGGAAAAGGUGCUGUAGCUAUAAAAAUGUGUUUAUAUAUAUAUACAUACGUAUAUGUAUAUACAUAUAUACAUGCAUAUAUAAACAAACUUUUUUUGUGUCAAAGACAAUGGAAAGAGUACCACAAUCAGGAGAUGGGAGUUGAAGUGUGGGAGAAGUUAGAAUGAUAUACUAGGACUAUGCUGCUCCUUCUCCUGUCUAAACCAAGGCCAGUGCUGCAGUCACUUUGUUUCACUCCCUCUCUUCUCCUCCUCCCCCCUUCUCCUCAUCUUUUACUCUCCCUCCCCUUCACCCUAUCCUCCUUUCCUAUCCUCCUUUACUGUGAAUGCUUCUUGUGCUCUUUGCAGGCUGUCUCACGUGACUUUUGGCCUUUGUGCAGUGCAAACUGCAUGCGGGCAGUGGGUUGGGGGUGGGUGGGGUUAUGAAGAGGCUGUGAUGAUGUCUAAAGCAUUGCCAUUCCUGUUCCCACUGUGUAUACGUUAAAUUAUGCAGAACAAGGCAUCCCAUGUAAUUGUUAAUGUUUUUUUUAUCCUAAGAUAAUAAAAAUAUAAUACACAAAACAGCAGGGAGACAAGUGUUUGCAAUAAUGUCAACACUACAUUUAAAGGACAGUGGUGAUUUGCAUGUAUUGGAAUUGGCGUCCAUCCCUAAUAAAUGUAUGCAAUGUUGUCUUUUCUUAAAGAAACCAGCUUUGAGAUGUGUCUUCUGCGUGGGGUUCCCCAGUGCUUUGAGUCAUGCUCAGAAAAUUACAUCAGAGGUUUAUGUAAUAUUCUCCCUUUGCUGUUCACAGUUAAUGAAAAUCAUGCAGAAUGAAAAGGAAAUUUGUAAUGUGCAG